CAAUGAAAUCAUUCUGCAAUGUUCCUGCAAUCUCUCUGUUCUGUAUGGGUUGUAACCUCGAGACGAAUACUCGCUCUGAUUGUUUUCAAAUGUGACGUUUGUGUGAAACGGUGUUCCACAUUCAAUUUUACAUUUUUACAACAUGCCGUCAAUAUGCUGUUAAACGCGGACAGCAAACCGAUGGCAACAGUUGCUAUUAUGUUGCGCUAUCAUACGUAUCCCUGCCGCCAAUUUACUUUAGAACACUAUAAAAAAAAUGUAUAGUUUUCUGAAUGUGUUUUUUGAAACAGGCAUUGCAUAAGGUUCUCCUUACAUAAAACUUUUAUAAUUUUUAAUAAGGUAAUAAACAUACGUAUGUAACGUAAAUUUGCGGCAGAGAUAAAAUCGUGAUUUCCUUUAUUACGUACGUAGUUAAAAAAAUCACUUAAAAAUCAUUUCUAUAUCAAGAAUUCAUCACAAAAUCAUCCUAAAAAGUGUAUCGAAUGACGUCAUAAAGAUUUUUCCCAAAAUGACUUAUAUUUGAUGUCAUCAUGAUCUUAUUAUGAUUUCAUGUUCUUCGUGGGUCUUAGAACUACACGCGAUUUCGGCCUUGGUAUUACACGCAAAUUCUUUUUGUUGUAUUAAUUCAUACAAAUUAUUUCUUAUUUUCGCAAUCGCAACUACAUUAUCGUAAUUAUCCGAUAUUUCGCAAAAAUCUUUAUUAAAUUUUACAAUCAAGUUCUUUUCGGUCAUUUUCCUACGGAUAAAAAGUUAACUUUUAAUUCAAGUACGAAAAACACAUCACUCACCGUGAUUUGUUUGAAUCACUCACGUUGAAUUCUUUAACAUUCUUUAACUUGCCCGUCAAAUUCUAUCGCAAGAUUUGCAGUACCUUUGCCUUUUAUGUCUAACCGCAUAUCAUCCGCUACCGCUACUUUCGCGUUGGCCAAUGAAAUGAAGGUGUCGAACAGGUCCUUCCUUGGUGACAUGUGAGCCGUUGCCGCUAAGUCGACGAUCUAUGUUUCGCUUUUGUAUAAUCCGCCGUCAGCUAUAAAUGCAGUCGUCUGAAAUGCCACUUUGGAGCUAUUUUCAUUCUUCUUCUUUUCUCGCUGUUUAGGCUUGUUGUCCUUCUUUUCCUUCUUCUUCUCACUGCAAUUAUUUGCCGCGUGACCAGAUUUCCCACAAUUCCAAUAAACGAAUUUCUUGGAUUUGAAUUUUGAUUUUCUUCCUUUGAAUUGACGCCUCGUAUGAAAAGUCGCAUCUUCUGCUGUACUCUUCUGGCAGAUAGUUUCUUGCAAUAACUUUGUUUUAAUUAAAUCUUCCGUAAUUUGAAUUCCGGAAGCUUCCAGCGCCAUAAUCAUUGGUUGAUAUUUUUCUGGAAGGCCAGCUAAUAAAACUGUUCCAAGCCAUUCUUGAUUUAUUUCAAAGCCAAUCGAAGUUAACUGAUGCGCCGUUGAUAUUAUUUCACCAUAUUUGUCUAUAGAAUUACCGCAGGUUUCUAAUUUCGUCGUUGUAAUUUUGCGUAGUAAACCCACCUUUCUCGUAAGUCCCGAAUUUUCAAAUGCAGAUUGGAGAUUUUUCCAAGCUUUUUGUGCCGUUGUCGCUUUCGAAACAAAAAUCGACAAAAAUCGAGUCGUCUACGCUCAGAAUAAUUUUUGUUCUUGCCUUCGUAAUCUUUUCUUCGUUGGUUUCUGUUCCUAGAAUCGCUUUUCAUAGUCCGUCCAAUUGUAGUAAGCUCUCCAUGGCGAUCUUCCAUGUCGAAUAGUUUUCUCGUCCUUUUAAUUUUGCAAUAGAAGGGUGAUGCGAUUCCGUCAUUUUGUCUCUUCAAUAUCUCUUCUUUUUAUUUAAGAAAUUCGACAGGAACAGGACCUUUUGUGUAACACCGUUAAAUACGACUAAUUCGUCUCACUAUUUCUUCUAAUAAGCAUCGGAGUAUUUUCUGGGUCCAUAACCAUCAAUGUUAGUUUUAUUACGUGAAGAAAUUAGUCGUUAUUCACAGAUUGUAAAUUUUAUUUAAUCAGCGAACACCAUUUACAGAACGUGUUGUCACAACGAGAUAGAUUUACGAAGUGAAGAGAAUUACAAUGACUACGUUUACACGGCACGAUUUACGACGAAGUUAUAACAUCGAUGUUAUAACUACCGACGUUAGAUGCCGUGUAAACGCUAUUUUACGCCGAAGUUAUAACAUUGAUGUAGUAACUCAAAGUCAGUUGGUAAAGAGGGUUAGAGUUACAACAUCGACGUAAAAAAGACGUGUAAACGGUUGCAAUAUAACGACGGUUAUAAUGCCAACCCAUAAAAAUUGAAUUUCUUUAUUUCCCAUUGUUUAUAGAGUUGGUAUUGAGUUUCCAAAUCGUAAGAGAAGGCAAAGAAAAUUAAGGAGGUGCAGUCGAUAUUCUUAACAAUUAUCAAAAAUAAAAACGAUGGAAACCGUGAGAAAACGUGAAAGUUGGGAAACCGAAGAAACUCGAUAUUUUCUUCAAUUAAUGAGAGAACGGCAAGUUAUGAAAAGUUUGGAUGGAAAGAGGUUUCGGGCAGAUGAUAUUUUUAAACAUUUAGAAUUGCCCAUGAACGAGAAAGGUUAUAAUAAGACAGCAAAGCAAAUGCAGACUAGAUUUAGAACUCUAAGACUUCAAUAUAAUAAAAUACGAAGACAAAUGGGAAAAAGUGGAUCAGGCAACUACAUGUCCUCAUUUAUGUAUGUCGAAGAAAUGAGCCAACUUUUGGAAUUUCGUCCCAUUGCUAUAGGAGAUGUUGUAGACAGCACACCAUUACAAGAUUUAUCAGAAAGCAAUACCAAUAGUGAGUCAAACAUUUGGAUUUAUGAAGAUGCUCCAGAUCCACGAGACGGUGCAAUUCCAGGAUGUUCGUCGGACAAUAACUCAACAACAACAGAUCCCUUGUUACAAGAAGAUUCGUCAAGCGAAUCAAAUAUUGCGAAUCAAAGUAAAGUUGAUAGUUUUACAAAAGUUCCUACAAAAAGAUGUAAAGUGAGAUCUCAUGAAGUUAUCGCUCUGAGAGAUGCUCCAGAUCCACGAGACGGUGCAAUUCCAGGAUGUUCGUCGGACAAUAACUCAACAACAGAUCCCUUGUUACAAGAAGAUUCGUCAAGCGAAUCAAAUACUGCGAAUCAAAGUAAAGUUGAUAGUUUUACAAAAGUUCCUACAAAAAGAUGUAACGUGAGAUCUCGUGAAGCUAUCGCUCUGAGAUAUGCGGAUAAAUUAAAAGAAAAUUAUGAAGAAGUUCAAAAUAAUACUAUGGAAAAGAAUCGAUGUUUUAUUGAAAAAUUAAUGGAAUCUGAAAAACAGUUAGAAAAAGAACUAAUUAACAAUAUGCUCGAAAGUCAACAAAAAAUGUUAAGAGAUACAACUAAUCAAUUAUUAACUGGUUUACAAAAUAUUUUUGCUCCUCAGAUUCCGUCUCAAUUUUCCACAGUUUCAGUUCCUACAGUCCAUUCAGCCGCGCAAAGUCCUUUUGUAAUGUCUCCAAUUCAUUAUUCCUCUUCAUUUUCUAAUCUUGAAUCACAAACUUUUCGUUCUUCAAGCCCUUUUCCUAAGGUAUUAGUAAACGGCUGAUAUUACAUAUGGUACGUAAGUAUAGUGUACGUCAAUUCGUUUAAGUACUCUUCGCCAGCGAGCUUUUAAUCUUCCAAAAGCUAUUUCAACACAUACACGGGCAGUACGAAGUCCGGUUCCAGAGAAAUUAACAACGGCGAGUACCGAAAAAACUGUUAGUAUAAAAAAAUAUUCACAAACUGAAAACGAAGAGCCUAUUUCCUUACAAUCAUUAGUAAACGUAAAGUCGCAAAACUCGCAGAAUUUAAAAUUUUUGAGUACUCGGAAUUCAUUACCAUUUACUCAUGACUCUAAUGAAAAUUAAAAAUUAUUUUGUUAUCAAACUUUUUAUA